CCGUGAUAGCGACCAUCCCCAGCGACCGGCUGCUCAUGGAGGGGAUAAGGGAGCUCAUCGAGGACCGAGAAUACGCGAAGGGUGAGACCAAGCUCCCGUCAAUGUAUGUGGACACGCCCACACGCUCUCUGUCUAUGCAGCCCGCAUCCAGGAGUUCAAGGGGCGCCUUGAGGAGUUGUACGCACACAUCCGAGAAAUAAAGGGUCAGUCACAGUUGCACAAUGGGGUCAGAGCAGCCACACACGAGGAGAGACAGACAAUCCCUUGAUCGAUUCUUUGCGGCAUGUCUGUGCAUAUCCGCCAUUCAUGCCGGCAGACGAGAAGAGGGAGCUGGAGCAGCAAUGGCCACAGCAGCAAGCAGCCUGUGGGAGCUGCACCUCUGGCACAUGGACCGCAUCCCUCACUCUGCCAAGACAGACAAGGUCUGGCGAGGUACGCAAGAAAGGCCGUCUCACGAUGGCUGGGAACGAGGGGGGCCAUAGGGAGGGCAGGACAGGGCAGGAGGGACAGAGCGAGCGGACGCGCGUGUGCAUGCGUCAACCAAAAGCACAGUCGCCUUUAUUUCCUUCAGUGAUGGCGGCCGUGUCCACCGACAAGCACUUCAUUAGUGAGAUAGUGUUGCUCGUUGAGGACCGAGACCGAGCCAAGAGUGACCAAACUCCCGUCCAUGUAGUAUGUGGACACGCCAACACGCUCUCUCUGUCUGUCUAUGCAGCCCGCUUGAACCUGCUCGAAGACCGGCUCACGAGACGCAUCGUCGACCUCGACCACACCCUGAAACAGCUGCAGGUGAGUGACCGCAGACAGGGCAGAGGCAGGCCGAGUGUUCCUUCAUGCAGGAGGCCGAGGAGGUGGUUUUCGGCGCCUCACAGCCUGACUGCAGGUAAACACACACACACACACACGAGACAAUACACCCAUAGAAGCGUGUAUGUAUGUGUGUGUUGUAUGUGUGUGUUCCACCGUGUGUCUCUCUGUGUCUGUGUCUCUGCCUCUGCCCCUUUGAAGGCCCGAGGCAUACCGCUGUCUACAUUUUAUAUCUCGUCGACCGUUUUCUUGAUUUCCUCUUCCCAGUAG